AUGAAUCGCACCAUCGAGCAGACUCUGCUGUCUCUGCUCCCUACUCAAAAUGCGGUUCUGCCACCCACAUUGGUCGAUCUAGCGAGUUCACUGCUCGUGCAAUCUCGUCACCGUGCAAGCACGUUGAAAGCCGAGGAGGAAAUAGCGAGGACGUAUGCUUGCGCACAUCUCGCCUGUGACAGGCUCAAAACAUCAUUGAACCUACCUCCAAUCGACCCGCGACCGCCCAUACAGCCUCGGAUCUACAAGCGACUCUACAAUCACCUCGAUAACAUUCUCCCCAGCUCAUCGCUGAACACUUCAAGGAACGGGCGAGUACGAACCCCCAGCUCCAAGGUUCUAGAAGCACAAAGUUCGCCAUUUUCCCGGCCGUCUGCAUCCAAGGGCACCCCCUCAAAGGGUAAAUCCCUAGCGCAAUUCCGCAAUCCGGCCGUCUCCAGGAAUGCCACCCCGUCCAGCAUCAAGUCUCAUAGGGUGUCUGGAGGCGGCUCACCAAAUGCCCUUCCGGUAUGGGUGCGCCCGACUGCUCGUUUCGUGUGUAAGGAGUUGGACCAUGUGCACCUCGGGCCUACUGUCAUGGCAGGGAUGCAGGCGAUCUACGCUCCCCAGGGGCAUAGAACAGACGACCAAUGGGUUCAUACCCACCUGACGGAGCUUUUGGGCUCAAUAUACUUCUACGUCGCAAAGCAAGCAGACGAUAUCGAGGAAUAUGACAGGGAUCAGUACAAAGCGGCUGAGAACGCAAUCAUAGAUGCCCUGAAUAAGGCGCGACAUGCAUUAGUGGGCUCCAAAAAUACUGAAGAAGGCCCAAGUGCGUGGGAAGGGUGGUCGGACGUACGGGCGAAGCAGCUCCAAAAAGCUCUAGUCAUGGUCUCUGACCGCAAAUGGUUAGAAAGCGAUUGGUUCCGCGAUAUCGCAAACAUCCAUGGGAAGGUGGACGGGGAUCGUCGAGAUGAGAGCAGAGACCGGUUCCCGGAAGAAGGAUCCGUGCAGCUUCGAGGAGCCGAUACCAUGUUCCAGGACAGGUACGACUUUCUUAGUGAAGCCCGGAGGAAUGAGAGCAAGCUCUGGAAAGAAGAAAUCAUGCGGAGGAUUGAGGAGCUUGAAAAGGCUACUUCGGAACCUAUGGACAUCGAUCCGUAA